AUGAACUGCACUAUAUGUGAAGAAAGAAAAACAAAAGAUGUUUUUGACUGUGAUGGUUGCAAGAAACCUAUAUGUAAACAAUGCGGUGAGUUGUCUUCGUCAGAAAUAAAAGUACUGGAAUUAAAAGGGAAAAGAGUUAUGAAAUUCUAUUGUCCAAAUUGCACAAAACACGAUACGUUUAUGCUACUUCAUGAAAUAAUUAACACUAAGAAUAGCUUGAUCAUUGAUAAGAACGAAAUAAUAAGCCUGCUUAAGGAAAAAAUUGAAGACCUAGAAAAGUUAAAUGAAGAUGUUGCCUCAAACAAACUUUCCCUAAAGUCAUAUGCUUCUGUACUCAACAAUUCGAAAACAACAAAGAAAGUGAAUGUACCUAGCUUGAUCAUACGUCCUAUCCGAAAGCAGGAGGUUAGUAAAACCAGAGAAGACAUUACAAAAACAAUAAACCCAGCCAAUCUGAAUGUAGGAAUCAAAAAUACGCGAUUCACUGGAAACGGGAACAUGAUUAUUAACUGCCCUAGUAGACAAGAUGUAGAGCAAUUAAAGAAAGCAGCAGAGGACAUGCUUGUAAAUGAUUAUGAAGUAACCACGACAAAAAUGAUAAAACCGAAAAUUAAAAUACCAGGAUACGAAGGCAUAAAAUCUGAGAAAGAGGUGGAGGAGAGUAUUAGAAAGCAGAAUACAUGGAUCAAAGAUGCAGAUUACAUAAAGGUGACAUAUCUGAGGAAGAAGAAAAACGAAUCUUCAACGAUUCUUGCGGAAUGCUCGUCUGAUUUCUUUCACAAAUGUAUGAUACAUAAAAAAAUUAAUGUCGAAUGGAACCGAUGCCCCAUAUAUGAAGACUUAAGUGUAACAAGGUGCUUUAACUGUCAAGAAUUCUACCACAAAAAGCAAGCCUGUGAUAGAAAAAAAGUGUGUGAUUUCUGUGCUGAGGAGCAUGAAGAACAAGAAUGUAGAAAGGUUAAUUUGAAGUGCAAUAACUGCAUGCAAGCCAACCAAAAAUUUAAAACAAAUUAUGCUAUAACCCAUGCAUCCUCCAACCCGGAGUGUCCAAGCUACAUAUACCAUUUAGAAAAACUAAAAAAUAAGAUAGACUACAGCACAUAA